ACUCUCCUCCUCCUCCCCCCCCCCCCCACCCCCCGCAGCCAGCUGGGCGAGCGGCUGGACUCCCCAUUGUCUGCAACGACUGGCCACUGGAAGCCGUCGACACUCAGACUCGCUGCAGACGUCCCCACUCACCCAGAAAGGCGACAGCUGCAUCACUUAAAAAUAAGAGAACAAGCCAACUGCCCUUCGCUUCCAACGUCUCCUUCCUCCCUAAAGCAAAAUGGAUAACAAAUCGUUUGCUAUAGUCCUGGAUGAAAUAAGGAAGGGUGUUUUGACUGAUCAGAAAAUAAAGGCAAUUGAAUAUGUACAUGGAUAUUUUUCAAGUGAGCAGGUAGUCGAACUACUGAAAUAUUUUUCUUGGGCAGAACCGCAACUAAAGGCUCUUAAAGCUUUACAGCAUAAAAUGGUAGCCAUCCAUGUAUCUAAAGUAAUAAAUAUCCUCCAUUGUCUCACUUUCACUAAAGACAAACUGGUUGCCUUAGAGCUAAUAGCUUUGAACAUCAUUGAUCCUCAUAAUUAUCGACUUAUUGAAGAUAUUUUCCGGGUACACUUGCCAGAAAAGAAACGCUGCAAAAGAAUUCUUGAUCAGGCUUCUAAGGCAGGCUGUAAGGCUCCUCUUGCCAUGAGAUCUUCAUGUGGAAUGAUUCCAGGAAAUCCCUACCCUAAAGGAAAACCUAGUAUGUUAAAUGGUUUGCUGGCAGCUCUUUCUGUUAAGAAAGAAAAUGAAGAAGGUUACACAGUUAGCCGAGGAAUAGCAACCUGUAUCCUAGGACCUUCUAAACCAGCUCCAGCAACAUAUAAUCCUCACAAGCCUGUUCCUUACCCUAUACCUCCUUGCCAACCACAUGCGACUAUUGCACCAAGUGCGUAUAACACCGCUGGCCUUGUCCCAAUGGGUGGUUUCAUGACUCCUGUUGUAGCAGCACCAGCUGCCUAUGCUGCACAGCAAGCCUUUUCUAGGCCAGCUAGCCAACUGAGUUACAACUCAUCUGCUGCCAACUUGCAUACAGCUGCGUUCUCACCACAUGGAUCUUAUCCAUCUGCUCCUGCAACACCAAUUGCAGCACCUGCACUUGUACAGUCUCCUGCAAAUCAGCUAGGUUUUGCUUCAGCACCAGGUACACCAGUCUUUUCAAGGCUUGGCACGUCCACCCCAAUACCUCCUGUUUUUGCAGCUGUUCCUCCAGCAACCAGCACUUCUGCUCCAUCUUCUUAUCCUGAGUGUCAGAAUCCAACAACUGUGAUGUCAGCAGUAACACAGACAUCCCAGGCUCUCAGUGAAAUAAUAGCGGCAAAUGCAGGCACACCCAUUCAUACCUCAACUACUGCAGGGCUAACAUCGAGCUAUAGCAACACAAACUGCAGCUCUGGUAUGAUGCCACAAACUGGUUUCUCCUCAGGUUUUCAGGCAAGCGAUAGUUCCAGCAGCUCUCCAUGCAUGAGCAACUCCUUCCCAGGUCUCAUAUCCUUCCCAGGGAUGUCUAUGUUUUUCCAGAAUCAGACUUUAUCUGCUGCUACGCUGUCUGCCCUCCAAGCUGGAAUGAGUGUUGCAAAUCUGCCUGGACUUCAGUCUAUCGCAGCUGCAGCAACCUUGGCAGGAAUGCAUUCUUCUGGGGCGGGUACGUCUCUUUCUGCACUCCAAAAUGGUAUGAUGGCGGCUACAGUGCCUGGCCACCAGUCUGUUGCCCCGGUUGCUGGACUCCAGUCCAUUUCUGAUGUUGCCUCUCCUCAUGGACUCCAGACAACAACAUCUCUAGGUGGACUCCAGCCUAAUGGAAGUUCAGGAUCUCUUCCUGGACUGCAGCCUACAGUAUCUCUGGCUGGAUUGCGAUCUGCUGCAGCCUCUCCAAUUGGAUUGCAAUCUAGUUCUGCAUCUCCAGCUGGACUACGAUCUACUGCAGCUUCUCCAGCUGCACUGCAAGCUGCUGCCUCACUUGCUGGACUGCAUGCUGCUGCUGUUUCUCUUGCUGGAAUGCAGUCAGCUGCUGUCUCCCAGUCUCUCCCUGCAUCCAUUUCUGAAUUCCAGGCCAUUGCUGGUUCCCCCUCUGGCCUCCAACCUCCAAUUUCUUCUCUCCCUGGGAUGCACACUGCCACUUUUCCUAGAUUGCAGUCCUCUACAUCUUUCUCUGGACUUGAUUCCAUUGUUGCGGCUGCCUCUUUGGCUGGAUUGCAAACUACAACAAGUACUGUAUCUCUUCCCAGUCUUCAAACAGCUGUACCAGCCUCAUCUCUACCUGGUCUUGAGUCUGCGAUGGCUGCUGCUUCUUCUCUGCCGGUUCUCCAGUCUGCUUUGGGUGCUGCUACUUUACCUGGACUUCAGUCUUUGGGUGCUGGGUCUUUACCAGGAAUACAGUCUGUGGUGGGUAGUCCUGCACGUUCUGCCAUCCCAACCUCUAUGAGUGCUACCUCAUUUUCUGAUCUCCAGUCUACUGUGGGCACCACUUCUUUGCCUAGUGUACAGUCUGGACCAAAUACAGCGUCAACAAUGGACCUGCAAUCUACUGUGGAUACUACAUCUUUACCAGGAUUUCAGACUACCAUGGGUACUGCAUCUCUACCUGGAUUACAAUCUGCUGCGCAGUCAGGUUUACUACAGGCACAUUCAACUGGAUCUAUGGAGAACUUUCCAAAUCAGGGCAGCAAUGGUUUUGCGUGCUAUCCCUCCACACCUACAACUCCAUAUUCCCUGCAGCCUGGCCUACCUUCUCAAUUAGGGUGGCAGUAAAUAGUGGACUUGUUUUGAGCAUCCUUUUGGCUUGAGAUUAAAAGCUGAUGUCUGUUGAAUUUAUCCAUCUUUUUGAUUAAGCGUGCAGUAAAUUUAGCAGUGCAUGCAGCUAAAACUUGGUGAUCAUUUUUUUUUAAGAAGAAAAAAAAUCUAAAGAUAAAAAAAGUAAGGGACGAAGAUAGAAAUGCCAUCUUUUAAUUGAAUUGUUCCUUGAAUCAUAAUGAGCCUUUUUCACCAACUGGAAAUUCUAUCACAAACCUUAAAUAUACAACAAAAGUGCUAUGUGGAAAUGGAGGGAAAGGAAUAUGCCAGUUAGUUUCUUGAGCCUCUUAAAUGCAAUUAUGACUGAUUUGUAACAAUUAUGGUCAACAAAAAUCUAUCAAUCUUAGAAUUAAGGUUUCAUUUGCUGUUAUGAAUGAAAUUCCAAACUUCUCCAUACUUUUGUGUGUAGGAGAGCUUCCAAGUUUCCCUUGUGGAGUAAAUGGUUCUAAUUCUGAGACUGUAAGUCCAACUUCUAAACUCCCCAAAUAGUGAAGUUUUUUUAACCCAGCAUCAUGGAAACUGAUCAAAUCAUGUUUAGCCUUCUAACUUCCAGGGAAAUCAAUGCUAGUUUGUAUUUUGUCUCCAUAAUUUAACAGCUAGUGCCCAGAUAUUCUGGUAAAUCCAGGUUAUACUACCAGUAAGGCCAGUAUAUCUCUUCUGAAAUGUGAUGCCCAGAACUGCUCAUAUUGCUCUUAUGUGGUAUGAUUAGGAGCUUGUACAACUUUAUUGUGUAAUUUUAACUCCCCUGUAUUUUAAUCAUCUGGAUAUUUGCUGUUGAGAUAUAGCUCAAUAUAACUAUAUCUCAAUAGCUUGUAUCCAGAGGAUUAAAGUACAAUAUCUCAUUUUAAAAGUCAACUGUAUGAAAAGAAAAGAAUGCAUAGUACUGAUGAAAAGAUGUACUAUAGUAGUAUCUCCAAAAUACAAGAUGUAUCUGCCAAUUAAAUAUGCUGUACUUAUUUAAACAAGAUUUAGGAUAUACUAUUUGGCAUGUUUUGUCUACAAACUAUUUCUCCAGAGCAAAUGUAAUCUUCUGCCAGAUUCAGUUACGUGAGUCCUUCGACUGCCUAGUUUCACAUGCAGCUUGUAAGUAUGAUUUAAAUAAUUUUUGCUUUCAGGAAUAUAAAAGCAUAAUUUUAAACCAUAAUAGAAAUUAAUAUAAACUAAUGGUUACUCUGUUUUUCAAAAAUAAAAUUUUGAGUUUAAUUGACUGACAGUUAUUGGCAGAGUUGUGAUUAGAUCCCAGCAUCUGCAGAAUUUUUUAUUUUCAUACCAGAUAGGUUAUUGUACUGGUAGCUAGAAUUUUGGAGCCACCAUGGCAGGGUGGGAAUUAAAGUCAAGUAACUAAAUAAGUAUGGAAAAUAAAAUAAUCUCAAUAAUAGCAAGUACAAAACUAUUUAAAUCGUCCUUAAAAUUCCACACAAUUCAUUAACUUCCUUUAGUGAAGGAAAUCUAUUGUCCUUGUCUGGUCUAGCCUGUACUUGACUCCAGAUCUACCAAUGUGCUCAAUUCUUAACUGUCCUCUCAAUUCAGGGGCAAUUAGGGAUUGGCAGUAAAUGCCUGUGAUGUGCAAAUCCCAAGAACAAAUAAAUAAAAGAAAAAAUCAGAAUGACAUAGUGUUCUGGAGCAACUCUGGUUAGGCCGCAUUUAGAGUAUUGUGUACAGUUCUGGUCACCUCACUAUAGGAAGGAUGUCGAGGCUUUAGAGAGGAUGCAGAGAAGGUUUACUAGGAUGCUGCCUGGAUUAGAGGGCAUGUGUUAUCAGGAGAGGCUGGACAAACUUGGGCUCUUUUCUCUGGAGUGGUGGAGGCUGAGGGGUGAUCUGUGGAGGUGUAUAAAAUUAUGAGGGGCGUUAAUAGGGUGGACAAGCAAUAUUUUGUUCCCAUUAUUGAGCGAUCCAAUAUGAGAGUGCAUGCAUUUAAGGUGAGAGGGGGUGGGUUCAGAACAGACGUGAGGGGUACGUUUUUUUUACUGAGACUGUGGUGGAUGCUUGGAAUGCGUUGCCUGAUAGGGUGGUGGAGGCAAACUCAAUGGGGGCCUUCAAGAAGGACUUGGAUGGGCACAUGAAUGAGAGGAAAAUAGAGGGAUAUGGGCAUUCUGUAGGCAGGAGGGAAUAACUAUGUCAGCACAACAUUGUGGGCCAAAAGGCUCAUUCUGUUCUAUGUUCUAUAUACAGUUUCACCAGGAUCAAAAUUACUGAAAAAAGAUGCUCUCUUUAAAUCCCACAUAUGGAAUGGGAGGAAAAUAAUAAUGGAAAAAAAUAAAAUCAAAAUCAGAUCUGUUCAAGUCUCUCAUCAAGCUCAUGGUCUUUAUUUUAGAAAAAGCCUUGCCAUUAUCCAAAUAAGUCAAUACAAUAUACCUAAGCCUCAAAGCCCAGAACAUUUUGGAUUUAGGAGAUAAGCUUAUAACUUGAGACUAGCAACUUUCUGGUGAUGAUAAAGUAGUCUUUAAUUUUGUUUUUAAAUACUGUGGAGACAUUGUUCCACUACUCCCCAUCCGGUUUCAGGGACCACUGAAUACUUUCUGAUUUUUUUAAAAUGUGAUUCUUGAAAGUGAUGUCAUGCUCCUAUUUGAAAUCCAGAAUAAUUUAGUGCAGCAGUCCACAACAAGGGCUCAUAUUUAUAAGACAGUGAUUAUUCAAUCCAGUAAGGAACCAGGAGUAUUUCUAUAUAUUCCAGUAAGUGGUUUGAUUUUGGAUCUUGCUACCAAUUGAGAUGUGGCGGAAAGCAUGCAUUUAAGCAGAAUUAGACAUAAAUUAGUAGAUGAAAUAUGAGCAAUAAUGUUAGAUUUUCUAAAGAAACAGAAAGCCAGAAUUACUUUCUACUAGAAAUUCAAUAAUACUGAUUUUAUUGUAAUAUUUUUAAAUGACUAUAAAUGUAUAUACUAAUGGAACUACCUACCGUGACCUUUUCCUUGUAUCGUCUGUAAAAGAUUAAAACAAAAACUUAGAUGUCACAAAUAACUAGGGUGAAUGUUGAAGGCUACAACAUUUGGAGGCAGUUCUAUUAAGAAAAAUAUAAAUUUGCUGGCAUACUAAUCAAGCAGUUCAUGCACCUCAUCAUGUUACUGAGGAAGGUUCAUUUUGGGGUAACCGUGGUUCAGCUACUGAUUCUGCAUUUCCUGUGUGUAUUUGUCUUAUAGAAACUAUUGUAUAAAUUGAAUAUUUUCAGAUUUUUGGGUGCUCCAAUUAAGUGUCUUCAACUGCAAUACAUUUGAAAUUGUAGGUGCUCUGUAGUGGUGAUGUAGGGUUCUGUGUAAGCCGUUAAAAUGUAUUCUCAUAAUCAGGUUAUAUUAAUUUUAAUUUAACGAUCUUGGAUAAGUUGUUGGUAUUAUGGGGUAUCAACUUUAAAAAGGUUUUUAAACUUAAAGCUGCAAAGCUUUUAAAAAGAUGCAUCCUUAAUAUUGUUUUUAAAUAGGUGUAAGAGGAUGGUCAUGCAUGAGAAUGCUAAAACAGGCACUUUCAGAAAGUGUUACUCCUGUAUCAUUAAUACAUGUAUGGUUGAGUGUAUCAAGGUGAACGUCAUUGUUUCAGGUAUAUUUUACAUACUUGCAGGAUAAAAUAGACUUUACCAUGAAUAUAGUGUAUGUAUGUUACUUGUGUUUUUGAGUUUUUAAUGUCUUGAUAAAGUGCAAACAUUUAUCAAAACAUGAAGAUUUUUAAAAAAUUCUAUUCUUUUGAAUUUGUGAAGUUAUUUACACAUUAUUUUUCGGUGCAUAAAUUAUGUCCAGUCACCUUGGCCAGAUGUGUCUCUUGCCAUUUCAUACCAAUACAAGUACCUUUUGACUCUUGAAUAUCCAGGGUAAUAGAGGGAAGUGCCUCAGUGCAAAAAUACAGAUCACAUCACAAUGCAUCAGAUGUUUUCUAUAGUAUUUUCUCAAAAUACUCAGUUGUGUUUCAUUAAUUGGCUUGGUAUUUUCUAAUUUGUCUGUAGCACUUGUAUAAUUUGUCAUUCAAGGAUGCAGCCUCCUGCUGCUCUACAAAUUGAACAGUUUUGAAAUGUCAAGUACUAAAGGACAUGCAUUUAAGGUGAGAGGGGGAAAAUUUAAGGGAGAUGUGCGGGGCAGCACAGAGUGGUAGGUGCCUGGAAUGGGCUGCCAGAGGUAGUAGUGGAAGCAGAUAGGAUACUGGUGUUAAAGAUUGACACAUGAACGUGCAGAAGUGUGAGGCUGUGGAAUCGGAUCUUCCUCUUUCAAAUUCAUUCAAUGUGCUGGUCCUAAGUAUUUUCAGCUGUGAUAUUUUCACCUCCAUCUGUUUGCUGCACCAUUUCUGCCAGGCCUACAGCUUCUGCAUCUAAGCUCUUACCGUUGCUUAGCUCUGGUAAAACUUUUCUUCAUGAGUGACUAGUGUGAUUGCAUUCCAUACUUUGGCCAUUUCAUAAAUUGCAUCCAGAACUGUCAACUUCUAAAUAAAUUCCAAAUAGUUUCCCCUCACUUGCAUGCUUUAUAACAGUACAGACUGAUGAUCCCUUUUGAUACAUGCAAUCACAGCCAGAUCCAGAGAUUCCAUAUUUAGCAGUAAUGAGGAAGAGAAGGGGCAGUACUCACCAACUAGACAACCUUUUCUAGCAAGUCCUUAUUGCAAAAUGACAAACUUCCCAACUAGCCACUGUUUGAAAAUGAAAUGGCCCAUCCCCAUUGGUUCCUGGCUAAAGUAAUCCCCAGGCAUAUUAGAAGUUUUCUUAAAUGAAUGUGCUGCUUUGCUGAAUCAAACAGAAUUUGAGUUUGAGUUGGCCUUUAACAUUUGAGGCCCAGAGCGUAUCAUUCAGUACUGAUUCCGAAGAUCCUAACCCUUCACCCCUUUGUUGAUUGAACAAUUCCAGUGUUGCUUUGUCCAGAUCCUUGUGUGUCAUCCCCUUCAUGGAUUUCUUUUUUGGACACACUCAAUUAGUUCGACCUUAAGCGGUAAGAUCAGUGUCUUUUUUUAAAUUGCGAACCAUUAAUUCACUCAUGCCAUAUUCCACCAAGAAUUAUUUUAUGGUAAUGCCUUUUUUCCAGAUUCUGAAGACAUUCACAAUUUUUUUGAAGUUCAAACCCACUUGUUUCCUUUUUACGGGUAUUUACAGUUCAAUAUGACAAGUAUGUACUUGUACUAGUUGUUUAAAUUACUUAAAUUCCAAAACACACAAAGUUUUAACUGUUUAAUCAAAACUCUUGCUGUAGUCUAAUGCAUUCUCUAGAGGCAGAAUUAUACAUCGCAUGGUUAACCCACAGCUGGAUAGUUGUGAGUCAACUGUUUGAAAAGUCAAGAACAAGAAAAUAUCAAUCAAAGCUCUACCCAUCAGUCAUACUUACAUUAUAACAUCCAGAUAAAUUUUGAAUGUCCCUAAUAUGCCUUAUCACUCUUCUGCUGCCUGGAAGGAUGUUCUAAAUAUUUAUCGUAAGUUCUUUAUCAGUAGUUUAAUUUUUCUUUCAGCCAACUAAAAUUUAGAUCAAUCAACCAUUUUCUAUGAAUGAAAUACAUUGUAAAAUAUGCUAUCCAUUUUAUUCAAACAGGGCUUCAUUGUUACAGAAAUAACGAUAGAAAUGCCUUAGAGAAACAACAAAUAAUUAGAUGCUAUAUUGUCAUUAUCAGGUCAAUAUUUCUAAUUAAUAAUUAGAUUUAUAGUCUUAAAGAUUUUUGUGUUGUAAAUAGAGCCCAUUUACCAGCCUAUCUGUCUCAGUAAGUAGGCUUGGUUUGGCACAUAAAAGAAAGAAAACAAAUGAGAAUUAGAGAUUUUUGUAAAGCAUUUUAAAUACACACUAUUCAAGCACCUUAUUACGAAUUCAAGUUUUAGAUUAAAGUAGCAUGAAUGUUCUUUCCAGUGAGCAGUGAAUGUGAAUUUACCACUUGUGUGGUAUUCUGGGAAAAAAAUAAUCAACUCACUCACAUAUGAAAUGUUUGCAAGAAGGAACUCUGGCAAAAAAAAAAACAUCACUUUCAGCAUAAUGCUUUAUCAGUGCCAAGGGAUUUUCAAUAUGAUAGUAAUCAUGACAUUGAUAAUGUGUUUGUAAUAUCAGCACAAUAAAUUGAAACCAGUGGAAUUUCUGCUUUGUUCCAGUAAUGAGAAUAAUCUUGCAGCUCGGUAUUUGUCACAUUUGGUUUUUAUUUACUGUAUGUAUUUGACUGUUUGUGUUUCUUUGGUGCAUAAGAGAAUUGUAUUCAGUUUAAUAAUCUAAAGUUAUCGUAUGGAAUUAGGCUAGUGAAAGAUUGCCUUUGUAGUGAUAAUAACUAACUGGAUAAUUAUCAUUGACUAGUUCAAGAAGCUUUUAUGCAAUAAAGCA